AUGGAGAUGAAUUCUACAGACAAGGAGCUUCACCAAAUCGAGGCGGAGCUCCACACUGAAAUCCUGCCCGGCACGGAAGUUAUGGAAGACGUCGGAUCGCAUCAUUUUGUCAAGUCGGGCGACAGCUCGCACCGCGUCUUGGUGCCGCAACCCAGCGACAACCCACACGACCCCCUCAACUGGUCUUUCAAAUGGAAGUUCGCCGCCAUCUCCACAUCGACAUACAUUAGUUUCUGCCAGGGCUUUGGACCACUAGCGCUCGCGCCCAUGUUUGGGUUCUACAUAAAGGACUUCCACUGCUCUCUUGCCGACGCGAUCCAAUUCACUGGCGUGUGCAUUUUAGUUCUAGGGUUCAGCAACUUUAUCUGGGUACCCAUCAGCACGUCGUUUGGCCGACGACCCGUCUACAUUUUCUCCAACGCCAUCUGCUUCGGCUCAUGCAUCUGGCGCGCCAAAGCCCAGACGUACGGCAGCUUCAUGGGCGCCUGUGUACUCAACGGCAUUGGCGCCGGGCCAGCCGAAACCAUCCAACCCGCCGUCAUCGCCGACAUCUUCUUCCUGCACGCGCGCGGCAAGUGGAACACGCUGUACUGGGUGGCGUACAUGGGGUCGCUGAUGGUCGGCCCCAUUAUCUCAGGCUCCAUGUCGGAGCGCGUGGGCUGGCGCAACUUCUGGUGGCUCAACGUCGCGAUGACGGGGCUCGCGUUCCUGAUGGCGGUGUUCCUCUUCCCGGAGACAAAGUACCACCGCGCGCACCCGGACGAGGUCGCGCCAGUCGCGGUAGCACAACGCUCGCCGGCGCCGUUGGCCCACGAUGACGACGAGAAGAGAGGCGAGCUACGGGUCGAGAACCUCGCCGGCUCCAUCGACAGCACCGCCCUCGCGCUCGCGAACACGGCCACGCACACGACGCACGCCGGCGGCGGCGCGGACCUUGAAACCCAGCCCACGGCGCAGCGCGACCCGUACCUCGGGCGCGGCUACCCCAGCAAAGCGCAGUGGCGGCUCUUCACGCCGAACGCGCACCCCUGGGCGUCGAUCCUGCUCGACCUCUGGGUGCCAUGGAAGCUGUUCGCGUUCCCGAUCGUGCAGUUCGCAUCCUUUGUCGUCAGCUGGAGCUGCAGUUCGUUCCUGACGAUCAACCUGACGCAAGUGCAAGCGUUUGCGGCGCCGCCGUACAGCUUCUCAGCGCAGUCGAUCGGGUUCAUGAAUUUCGCCAUCCUGGUCGGCGCGUUCAUCGGGCUCGCCACCGCCGGCCCGCUCAGUGACUGGGUCAGCGAUCGCGCCACGCGCCGGAAUAGAGGCGUGCGCGAGCCUGAAAUGCGCUUGGUCGCUAUGGUGCCGUAUGUGCUGGUCAUGAUUCUGGGCAACGUCUGCGUCGCCGUCGGUUACCAGGACCAUUGGACGUGGGCCGCGAUUGUGGUCGUGGGGUUUACGUGCGCGGGCAUCCAGGUCGCGGCCCUGCCGGCUAUCGUGAGUACGUAUGCCGUCGAUAGCUACAAGCCGGUGGCGGGCAGCUUGUUUGUGAGCAUUACGGUGAAUAAAAAUGUGUGGGGGUAUGGGUUCAGUCGGUUUAUUACCGAGUGGAGCGAGAAGGAUGGAUUCAUUCCUCCGAUUAUGACGAAUUGCGCGCUGAUUACGCUGUGGUGCCUCUUUGGCAUCUUGUUCUACUACAAGGGCAAGACGUUCCGAAGAUGGACCAAGGACAGCAGUGUGCAUAGAAUGUAG